CUUGCGGCUCACUCGAUAGAGUCGCUUUAAAUGUACGCCACGCGAUACGUUAGUCCGUUAUCUCUCGCGUCUGUGGAACUUGAAUUCCUCAUUGCUGUUAUCUGAAUUGGCCGAGUUGUCAAGUGUUAACCUAUUACCUGAUGUAACUCAGUUUUAUUUAAGCUUUGAACGGAGAAGCUAUAACGAACCUAAAAUGCAAUUCGACGCUUCCGACCAUCAACAUGUCCGCUACAAUCCUUUAAAAGAUGAGUGGAUACUAGUGUCUCCGCAUCGGUGCAAGAGGCCUUGGAGCGGACAGACCGAACCUUCCCCUGAACGCCGAUCAGAUCCUGAUCCUGACAAUCCUUUAAAAGCAGGAGCCACUAGGGCUAAUGGACAGAAAAAUCCAAAUUAUACAUCUACUUACGUGUUUCCGAAUGAUUUCCCGGCAUUACUGGAGACGGUUCCGGAGCCACCGUCACCCGAUCACCCACUCUUCGUCUCUACGCAGGCCAAAGGGACAUGCAGGGUUAUGUGUUUCCAUCCAGACUCAGCAAUGACCAUCUCGUUGAUGUCAGUACAAGAAAUACUUGCCGUUAUUGAAGAGUGGGUAACACAGCUACGUGAUCUCGGCGUUCGUUACCGGUGGGUGCAAAUAUUCGAAAACAAAGGCGCGGUAAUGGGAUGUUCCAACCCUCACCCACACUGCCAGAUAUGGGCUUCAUCCUUCCUACCCAAUGAGCCCGCCGUUAAAGACAGGUCGCAAAAACAAUAUUUUGAGAAGUAUGGUAGAGCAAUGCUAGUAGACUAUGUUGAACAAGAAUUAAUUAGGAAGGAGCGCAUAGUGUUACAAAACUCAGAAUGGGUGGUCGUGGUCCCGUAUUGGGCGGCUUGGCCCUACGAGACUCUGCUUCUGCCUCUCAACGGCCAACCUCAACGACUCACUGACCUCACUCCGAACCAAAAACUUGCUCUAGCCGAAAUUAUGAAGUACCUUAACAUCAAAUACGAUAACCUGUUCCGGUGCAGCUUUCCUUACAGUAUGGGAUGGCACGGGGCGCCGACGGGCGUGGCGUCGAAAGACGGCGACAGCCCGCACUGGCUCGUGCACGCCGUGUACUUGCCCCCUUUGUUGCGCUCUGCCACCGUGCGCAAGUUCAUGGUGGGCUACGAGCUCUUGGCGCAAACGCAGCGCGACCUCACGCCGGAGCAGGCCGCCUCGGCGCUGGCGAGUUGCCCGCACGACCACCACUACACCACUUUCCCGGGCAAGGGAAACAUGAUUGAUUGUAUUGAUGCAACGCAUAAAUAAAGAUUAAAAUUACGCUUAUUCGCAAUAUUACGUUGUAACAAUUAAUAAUUACCACUUGAAUGUUUAUUUAAAAUGACUAUAUUUU